UCAACUCCAGCAAGACAUCAGCAUAUAUUUGUUCGGGGCCUUUGAGCAAUCAGUCGCGGGGUUGUGGUCGUGCGAGAUUUUUUGGGGGUGUGGACCGCCGCCAGCCGCUGGCUGAUUGGCGUUCACUUGGGGUCACUUGGUCCCUGGGCACUCUCUUUUUUUGAAAAACCUUCCGAGACAAGGCACACACACACUCAAGCACAUCGGCGAGCAGCGUAGUUGCGCGGCGGGAGGAGCGGAUCUGCGAUUGGGGUUUGUGUGGGCCGGGCAGGGGACAGAAGGAUUGAAGACGGCGGGGCGAGGAGGAGCUGUAUCAUCAUCAUCAUCAUCAUCUCACGCGCCAAUGGAUGCCUACGAGAAGCUCGAAAAGAUCGGGGAAGGGGCUUACGGCACAGUGUACAAGGCGAGGAUCAUUCGAACGGGGGAGGUGGUGGCGCUAAAGAAGGUCAAGCUGCAGGAGCAGGACGAGGGCGUGUCGUCCACCACGAUGCGAGAAAUCUCGCUCCUUCGGGAGCUGUGCCGCCAUCCUUGUGUGGUGUCCCUGUACGACAUCCAAUACGCCACCACUGACGUCUUGUACAUGGUCUUCGAGUACAUGGACCAGGACCUGAAAAAAUACCUGGACGGCCUCGCCAGAACGGGGCAGCAGCUAUCGCCCCAGAUCAUCAAGUCGUAUCUCUACCAACUGCUACACGCCGUGAGGUUUUGCCACAGCAACCGCAUCCUCCACAGGGACCUGAAGCCGCAGAACAUCCUCAUUGACGCGGAGGGCAACCUCAAGCUGGCGGACUUCGGCUUAGCGCGGGUGUUCACCGUCUCCACCCGGAAGUACACCCACGAGGUGGUUACGCUCUGGUACCGGCCUCCGGAAAUUCUUCUGGGCAGCGACUACUACGGCACCUCCGCGGACAUCUGGUCCGUGGGUUGCAUCCUCGCAGAACUCAGCAACUUGGACGUCCUGUUCCGGGGUAGCUCCGAAAUCGACCAGCUCUUCAAGAUUUUCCAGUCGCUGGGCACGCCGGGGGAAAGAGUGUGGCAGGGAGUGACGUCACUGAAAAACUACUCGACCGCGUUCCCGAGGUUCGUGGCGAAGGACAUCAGGAGAAGAGUCCCCAGGAUGGAAGCCGAGGGCGCGGAGCUGCUGAGGCAGAUGCUCGUGUACAAGCCGAACUCCCGCAUCACGUGCGCGGAAGCGCUGCAGCUGCCGUACUUCCUGUCCGUUAACCCUCGCACCGCGAUGCACGUCGCCGGCCAGCGCUCGGCCCCCUCCCCGCCAUGAUUUGAGGGGUGGGGGGGCGUCGAUGGCGUGUGUGUUUGUAUGUGUGUUGCUCUGUAUGUCUUUACUUGGCAUCGACCGCGCUAGCCGGCUAACCAAUGAUAAGACGUCAGGCUGGUAGCGGGCGUUUGAGGUGGUGGUGGAUAUGCACGAUUGGUGUUGACUGAAGAUGCCUCCGGCCUGGUACAAGACAUGCGGCGGCGCGGUGACGAUGAUGGUGUUGGGCCGUUAAGGUACUGAAGGGGUUUCCUCGGAGAGACAGCCGUCUGCUUGUGUGGACCCGCGCAGGGUUGGCAGGGGCCCGCCGCCGCGGAGUGGAUAAGGUGGGCAGGUGAAAUAAGCGAGUUGCAUUUUUUGUUUUUUUCUCUUCUUUUUGUUUCGUUGUCUUCUGCUGGGUAUCGUCGUUUUUUGUCAUCUGUGAUAUGUGCCCACUAGCGGGCAGGGGGAGGGAGAUUGGGAACUAGUAGAUGGAGGAGAACCCGGCGGUCAUUCUGUUCAACUCCCUCCCUUUCUCUCUCUGUGCGUUUUACUUGUCCUUUUGAGUUAUGUGACCGGAAGAUAGUAAUGAGCUUGAAAACAUCCUGGGGCCAAAUAGCCGUAUCGCCGCAGGGGUAGAUUUAAGAAGGUGUGCCGUUGGGUCUGGCCGCGCCGUUUGUGCGGUCCCAUAUACGGCGCGGCCAAAUCGUUUCCUUCCUUCCCCAAACGCUCGGUCCUAUACCAGCGGGGAUUAGUCUGGCAAUUAGCUUCUUUUACGAGACCGGGGGGAGGAAUGGGAGGGAACUUCAAAGUAGAUUACGGGGAGAGCCAUCUCGUUGAAGAUGGGCACAGGACGGUGGUCUUUACUACCCAUGUUGUGGAUUGGAGACAACCGUGGGAGGCAUGAGGGACGGGGGGAGACAAGUUGGGGGUGGUUGGAGAAUAUGGGGGGGGGGGNGGGGGGGGGUUGGGCGGGAGACGAGAGGGUCUUUUAGGAAAGUUCUGUUUCUUCCUUCCGCUAGGUCAUGUUUUGUAUUCCUGAAUAAUAGUAUAUCUCGGUUUGUUGUGUCUCGCCCGACCUCCUCUGGUGUUGUGCUGUUGCGCCGUUGUUGCGGCGUGCCCGCGUGUAGCGGUUAUGCUAGCAGCAGCAGCAGCAGCAGCAGCAGCAGCAUCCGGGUUGGCUGGUGGGCGAGCGGUUAGUGAAAGAGAGGUGAGGAUUAGAACGAGAGGGAGAGCAGGCGUAUGAUGAGGUUGCUCAAAGCCCCGAGGCGACAGACAACCGCUGACUGACCAAUCACACCCGUGCUCCGCUUUUGGUGGUGGUUGUUGACGGUCGCGCUCUGUGGUAUCGCGUUUCGCCCCUUCCUUCUGUUCUUGAUUUUUUUUCGAGUCCUCCGCGGUGAUGGUGAUGGUGAUGGUGAUGGUGAUGGUGAUGGUGAUGGUGAUGGUGAUGAUCGUGAAGUGCCGUUGGACCGUAGGACCGUCUCCUUGCAGACUAUCCAGCCCAAGAAAGAAGGGGGGGGGGGGGGGNCCCCCUCCCUGCAGUGGUGAUGAGAUGACUUGCGCGGAAAGGUAGUUUGACCAAUCACGAAACUGCGUGCCUCCUCCUUCGUCUUUAUUUCGCCCAUGUGCUGUUUCCACCCGUAGGGCUCAUUUCCAUCCUGUAUAGUGCGUGACUCUGCGUUUGCGCGCUUGUCUUGUGUUGCUUUUCUUUGUGUGUGUUGUGUUUGCAAAACGCGAGCUUCCUCUUGCGGCGUUUUUUUUUUUUUGUUUGCCCCUCUGCUGAGAAGGACGUUGUGAUGUGCUUUUUCCGAUCCUGAAGACAGGCUCCGUUUUUUUUUUAUCUCGGGGGAUGGCCUGCAGAUCGGCAGGCAGGCGUCUCACGCAGAGCACGAGGGUGGGGUGAGAGAGAUCAGGGAGGGGGGUUGGGAGGAAUAUAUCCACCAACACGGGUUCGAGAGCGCGCGCCCCAAGACCUCGUUUAGUAUCCAACAGAGACAUCAUGAUGCACACUGCUGUACCGUGCGUUACCGACGAAUGAGCUCGAGCGCCUUUCGUUGGCGACAGUUGCUGCUGUGUGCGCGUGUCGUCUGUGUUUCUUCUUGGCACGUUCGUGCUUGGCAAGGUGCGGAAGCGACGGACGGGCGGUGUGGAGGUGGAAGGUUAAGGUUUUCUCUUUGCAAUAUGGUACGUUGGAGGUGCGUGGGAUGUGUGUGUUCUUUGGUCAGCAUCGACCGCCGUACCCGGCUGGCCGAUGAAGGGCAACAUGUCUCGUGUGUUUGUCCUUGUUUUUUCUCUUUAUUUUUUUCCUGAUUCACUGCUUUUGGUUCAUCACGCGUUGGAAAUGAUGUCGAUGUACGGAUUCCCUCGAAGCUGAGGCAGUAGAUGGUGUACAUGUGAGCUGCCGGCGGCGGCGGUGGUGACGGUUGUGGUUAUCUCCGACGUGUGACGACGAUGCACAGUUUGCGCACCAACCUGGUGAGACAUGCUGACGAAGCCAUGGAUAUUGGCGGGAUUGCUCUAUCACGUUGGCUCUCGAGCAGCAGGUAAUACACGUUCUCUGUUUUGCGGUGUUGAUCGUCCCCGUCUAUCCUGGCGUCAGGCUACAGCAGUACAUCUCUCGGUAGACUACAUAAGUUUGAGUAUGGCGUAUCCGCUGGGGUCAUGUAGGCAACAGGACGCUUUUCGUUUUGUUUUUUGUUUGUUAUCUACCUACUCGCCCCUCGGCCUUCCGAGCGGACUCGGUUUUGGUAGGGAAGAAGGGGGCGUUCGUUCAUCAUGGCUGGGUGUUGUCUCAAGGCGUGCUUUCUGUUGACUUUGUGUUUUGUGUGUUCUUCAAGGCCUCGCUCCGAACCUUCCCUUUGUGCCUUGAGUGCGCCUGUCGCUGGAGAGAGGGUUUGUGUGUGUGCAUACGUUGCUUUCUUUCCCGCUGUGUAUUGCUGGAACUUCCUACGGUGUGACGUUCCCCUCGCAGCAUGUAUGUAUGCGCUGUUGUUGUUUUGUAGAAGGGUGUCGACAAACAUGUACCCAAUGUAUUCUCGACCGCGCUACGAUUUUUGCUGCCUGCCACGGCCCAGCAAACGCACAAGAUGUUUGCUCCGAUACUAUUGAUGAAACGAUAGGGGGUGUUAUCCUGCGCUAUUCUACGACCUGGUUGGUCAGUGGCUUGUGUUUAGAUCGAUCAAGUCAAUGUACACGUCGCACGGUGCGCUUUUUGAGAUGUUUCGUUUGUUUUGUUUAAUCGUGCGUGUUGCGCUGCUUCGUCCUUGUCUUGGCCUGCUCUCUUCUUGUUGUUAACGGUUUGUUUUUUAUGUUAUGGUGAAAGAGUGCGCAUAAGUGCAACGGGCCCACCGGCUUGUGGCACAUAGACGGGGAGCGGAGCCACGUGAUGGACCAUCGGGGUACCGUACAUAGGGGCCGGGGGCUCGGAUUGGUGAUUUUGAUGCACGACAGCGGCAGCACAAGCACCAGCAAAGCAAGUAGCGGUUGAAGGAAGAGUAGACGAUGAUCAUCAUUAUUGCUGCAACUCACCAACGGUUCAGAUACGAUUGAUGGCUCUUCCCGCCGUUUGGCCGAGUUUCCCCUCGUGGGCAUGAUGCAUGUUGAGGCCAGUUGACGGAAAGGCCAGGCGGUAGACGUGAUCCGUCCAUUUCGCGACAACGGGUUCUAGAUUAGCCUUGCUACUGGAAUUCGCGUCCGAAAUAAUUGUUGCGCUCGGUAGUUACGACAUGCACGAAGAAGGUGAUUUGGAGGCGCUACACGAUGAUGAUCGAUCAUCAGCCACGCACGGCGUGCCGACAGCAGUCAGUUGCUUCCAAAUCUUUGUUAUUUUUGUCAUAUCAACCGUGCGGUCGAGAAAGGAAACGCGCCUAGCUGUGCAUUAGGGUACAAGCAGCAGGCUGCUGCCGGCGUGCAGACCACAAUACUCACUUUAUCACUCGUCGCACUGCAUUCGAGCUGCUACUUGCAAUUGCUUUUUGUGCCGUGUUUCGCCGCAACAUAGGUGGUCGCCUGUCGUGUUUGCAUGCACGAAGAUCGAAUAACAAUGCAGAGCAAGGGGGAGGGAGAGGGAGGGAGAUGAGAGUAAGUUAUGAUGAUGUCGUCGGCUUGUAAUGCCCGAGGAAUCGAAUGCUGAGGGAGGAUUGAGAGGGCGCGAGCGAAAGCGACAGCGUACGUAGUGUCGUCGACUCUGAGCAUACAGCAGGGUCCAAUGCAAGGAGGAGGGUGAGAUAGAGAGAGAGCGUGAGGUCGGCGACAACGGUAGAAAUCAUGCCCACUAGAACAUCAGCGUUGCGUGGAAGUAUCACUGCUACUACGCCCCAAUUGAACUUUUUUUUUUUUCGAACUUCGUGAUCUGACCUUACUUUGCCUGCGACCGUCAAACACCGUUUUUGGUGAGAGCUGGAUCGCUGCCUCUUUCUCCCUCUCUGUAUCAACUUGGGGUUAAUACGAAGAUCGCUGAGAGGAAGAGAAGAACGGGUAUCACUCACAACGAGUAGUAGAUAGACGAAAAUAAACUACAUCAAUUUUUACAAUAAUAACGAAAUCGUUUUUUCGUGUUGUUUUUUGCUGGUCGAUGAAAUAAUGAGAGAAGAAAAUGAGCUCUUCGAU